AUGUACAAGACACUCCUUGCACCCACACUUUUCUCUGCGCUGGUCGCAGGCCACGGCCACAUCACAAACAUUGUGAUCAACGGGGUCUCAUUUGGAGGUUGGGAUAUUAACAGUUAUCCCUACACAGAUUCGCCGCCGACUGUCGUAGCAUGGGGAACCCCUAAUACCGCUAAUGGCUUUAUCUCGCCAGAUCAAUAUACCACCUCGGAUAUCAUCUGCCAUCUCAAUGCCACCAACGCGAAGGGACAUGCGGUAGUAGCCGCCGGCGACAAGGUCUUCCUGCAGUGGACGGACUGGCCUAAAACUCACCACGGCCCCGUCAUCGACUACCUGGCCAACUGUGGCUCAGCAGGCUGCGAGACUGCUGACAAGACCUCGCUUGAGUUCUUCAAAAUCGAUGGUGUUGGACUUGUGGAUGACACCACGGUACCUGGAAUUUGGGGUGACGACCAACUCAUUGCUCAAGGCUCCUCGUGGAUGGUUGAGAUACCUCCCACUAUUGCGCCAGGUUACUAUGUGCUUCGACAUGAGUUAAUUGCCCUUCACAGCGCCGGUGAACAGGGAGGAGCUCAAAGCUACCCUCAGUGUUUCAAUCUGCAGGUCACUGGAUCUGGAACCGAUGACCCGGCAGGUGUCCUUGGCACUGAGCUCUACAGUCCGAUCGACGCUGGCAUCUUGGUCAACAUCUAUGCUUCUCUGUCAACAUACGUUGUCCCGGGCCCUACUCUGUACAGUGGUGCCGUCUCAAUUACACAAACAACAUCCGCAAUCACAGCCACUGGGACCCCAAUCACCGGAUUAGGUACUGCAGCCACUGCGACUUCAGCCCAGACAACCGCAGCAGGUAGCGCAGUCACAGCAUCAUCGGCAACGACGGUGAAGUCUACUACCGUGGCCCCCACAGGAACCUCAACCACCACUGCAGCACCCAAAACGACAGCCCCGACAGCCGUAGCACCUACAACGGUGGCAAGCACAAUGUCAACAACCAUGCGCGCGAGCACAACCACUGCAACUGCAGGAAGCAGCGCGACCCAGUCCGUCUACGGUCAGUGCGGAGGAAACAACUGGAGUGGGGCUACGGCCUGCAACAUUCAAGCCACCUGCUCAUCGAUGAAUCCCUACUAUUCGCAGUGUGUUCCCACAGCCGCUUGA